AUGACCAGCAAGGCCGAGUACACCAUCGUUGUUAUCGGCGAGGAGACGUACGCCGAGAAACCCGGCAACAUCAACGACCAGGCGCUUCCGGAGGGCCAAGUCGAGUACAUCAAGGAGCUGGCGUCCACGGGCACCAACGUGAUCGUGGUGCUGUUCGAAGGCCGCCCGCGUCUGCUUGGCGAGAUCCCGGAGAAACGUCUACGCGGUGUUGAACGGUAUUCUGGCUUCUACACGGACUUCACGUACUCGGAGGUUCGUCUGAGCCGCUCGGUGGUGGAGACUUCGACGGAGGAGGUCGUCGCUACGGUUGACGUGACCAACUCUGGUAGCAUGGCCGGCAAGGAGACGGUGGUGCUGUUCCUCAUCCAGCCGUACCGCUCGCUGAAUGUUCCCGAGGUGAAGCAGCUCAAGAAGUUCAACAAGAUCAGCCUCGAGCCCGGCCAGACCCAGACCGUCAACUUCACGCUCACGUCGGACGACCGGAGCGUGUACUACCCACGGCCUCAAGAAGGUGGCGGAGGACUGCGACUACGUCGUCAACUGCGACGUGUACACGAAACGACGGCGGUCAACCCGCUGUGCGCCACGUUCACGUUGGGCACGGGCGAGUACCCGUUCGGAACGUUUGAGCAACCGUGGUAA